UGCUGUGAGGCCGAGCUAAGCGAAUGACGUCUGCAUUUGCGGGCCGCCGACGCAGGGCUGGGUUUCCAUUUUCAGAGCGAGUUUCGGGGGGGAUCGUCAACAUGGAGCCGGAGAUGGAGGACAAAACGUUGGAUCUGAUGAACACGUCCGGGAUGGAUUCACAGAAUCUAGUGGACGACCUGUCGCCAAAGAAGAACACGGUUCUCAAGAUUUGUAAUGGUCCUGUUGUGGAGUCCCGCAAGCGCCCGUCAGAGGGGAACUACGAGAAAGAGAAGGAACACUGCAUUGCCCUGUUUGACCAGUGGUCAGAGGCUGACCAGGUAGAGUUUGUCGAGCGUCUGAUCUCCCGAAUGUGCCACUACCAGCAUGGCCACAUUAACUCCUACCUCAAACCCAUGCUACAGAGAGACUUCAUCACAGCGCUGCCAGCCCAAGGCUUAGAUCACAUAGCAGAAAACAUCUUGUCUUUCCUGGAUGCGCGUUCGCUUUGUGCAGCAGAGCUGGUGUGUAAGGAGUGGCAGAGGGUCAUCUCUGAGGGCAUGCUAUGGAAGAAGCUCAUAGAACGCAUGGUCCGCACUGACCCACUGUGGAAAGGACUGUCCGAAAGACAUCAGUGGGAGAAGUAUCUGUUCAAAAAUCGCACGUCUGAAGUCCCGCCCAACUCUUAUUAUCACUCCCUUUAUCCCAAAAUCAUCCAAGACAUAGAGACAAUUGAGGCUAAUUGGCGGUGUGGCAGACACAAUUUGCAAAGGAUUCAAUGCCGCUCAGAAAAUAGUAAAGGGGUCUAUUGUCUCCAGUACGAUGACGACAAGAUCAUCAGUGGCCUUAGGGACAAUUCCAUCAAGAUAUGGGAUAAACAGUCACUGGAGUGUCUGAAGAUUCUGACUGGUCACACAGGUUCGGUGUUGUGCCUCCAGUAUGAUGAAAGGGUCAUCGUCACUGGGUCAUCUGACUCAACUGUUAGGGUGUGGGAGGUGACGACGGGCGAGGUACUGAACACGCUGAUCCACCACAACGAGGCCGUUCUUCAUUUACGCUUCGCCAACGGCCUCAUGGUCACGUGUUCCAAGGACCGCUCGAUCGCCGUGUGGGACAUGGCCUCUCCAACCGACAUUAGCUUACGGCGCGUCCUCGUGGGACACCGGGCGGCUGUCAACGUGGUCGACUUUGACGACAAAUAUAUUGUGUCAGCCUCAGGGGACCGCACCAUCAAGGUAUGGAGCACCAGCACCUGUGAAUUUGUCCGCACUCUAAACGGUCACAAGCGGGGCAUUGCCUGUCUACAAUACCGGGAUCGACUGGUUGUCAGCGGCUCAUCUGAUAACACAAUUAGGUUAUGGGACAUCGAGUGCGGGGCAUGUUUGCGAGUGCUGGAGGGCCAUGAAGAGCUGGUGCGUUGCAUCCGCUUUGAUAACAAGAGGAUCGUCAGUGGUGCUUAUGACGGGAAAAUCAAGGUGUGGGACUUGCAGGCAGCCUUGGACCCACGAGCCCCAGCGAGCACGCUAUGCCUGCGCACUCUAGUGGAGCAUUCUGGCCGCGUGUUCCGUCUGCAGUUUGAUGAGUUCCAGAUCAUCAGCAGCUCUCACGACGACACCAUUCUGAUCUGGGACUUUCUCAACGUCUCCACCAACGGCCAGUCAGAGGGGCGGUCUCCCUCCCGCACCUACACUUACAUUUCUAGAUAGCAGGUGGCUCCAUCUCCCGCAGCCCGUCUUGACGGAGCCCCGGGCUGAUUCGGCCGAUGGCUGCGUCAAUCAUGGAACGGAGCCCAUCUCUUCACCUUCCUCUUCGUCAUCACUCUGUCCACCCCCCGGCCCGCUCGCACCUCCUUUCCGUCCGUUUCGCCCAACUCUGAACGGACCUGUAAACAUGUGCCCGUUUUCUACCAGCGCUGAGGAUGCACGGCAACCGACGCCAUUUUCCCCAGGAAGCUCACCUUCUACUAAUUUAUCUUUUGUACACUAAUGACAGUAUUAACAGACCUUAUAUACGUUACAAGUUCCCUUCUCCCGCCCCCAAAUUUACGAAGCUUAUGCUCCUCAGUUUCCACCCCUUCCCCUGCCAAAACAGUCUCUACAGAUAAGGAAUUGCUUCUACUUCUAUUUAUAUAUCACAUAUACAUCCAUGCAAAUGCACAACGAGUGGCGCAGCUGGACAGAGGAUGGCCGGAGCUAUGACUCAGGAGAAAGAGACUCUUUACUCAGCUCCAGGAAAAGGAGGGGAAGGAUGGGAAAGAUGGAGGGAGUGCACGAGGGUGAGGCGUGUGUGCACGUCUGCACGCUCCCCUCUCACCUCCUCUGUUUAUCAAUAUCUGCCCAUCCCUUCCUGCUUCAUGUCCCCCCCCCCCCCCCCCCCCCAGAAAUGCACACUAGCUCGGAAUAUGGGGGCACACACAGAAGUGAGUGUGUGCGCUUACAUGGACUUGACAGAACAGAGCAAAAGCGAUAGACAUGCAUGUGAGGUUGCCGCGGAUACAGCAUCCUGGCACCAAUGAGCUAUUUUUUUUUCUCUUUUAACUCUUCUUUUCUUACUGUUUUUUAUAUAUAUAUAUAUAUAUAUAUAUAUAUAUAUAUAUAAUUGUUGUUUUCUAAUUUUAUUUCAGUAUGUUUUGGUUCGUAGUACAAAAUUCAUCCUUGUCCUCUCCCCUUUUUGCUGUCUGUCGUCAUUUUUUCUUCUGGCCACACAUCUUUGCUUCAUCUGUCCCUCUCACUCCAUCAUUGAGCUUGUUUGCUUUCGAGAGAAGCUGGAAUUUGUUCAAAUUUAGUUGUAAACGGACUUGUUUUGUCUGAAAUUGUGUUGUAUAUUAAAAUGAUUUUUUUAAAGAAGAAAAAUGACCUUAUUGUGAAUAAAGUACUUGACAGUGAGCGUUGAGCCAACUAACACGGAUGAUUGUCUAUUGUUAUGUUUGGUUGGUUGCAACAGUGAUUGGCAGAUUUGUCCUCUGCUUUUAU